GGAAGUGAUUUGGUUUUUAAUAUUAGAGUAGCCGGGCCGUUGAGUUUUCAGUGCUAGCGGCGACCCGCAGCGGCUUCCUCUGCUGGUGCCGCAUGAACGCUCUGCGUGCUCGCUCCAUAAUGGCAAAUUUUUGCAAAGUGCCCAUCUCCUCAUUGCCCCUGCCGCCGUCAAGCCACAUCGUGACGCAUAACCUUACCCCAGAUCCACUUACUACCCCGAGUCCAGCAGAGUUCUUCUCUGAUGUCUUGCCUAACAAACCAAGUCUACAGAGGCGUGCAAGGCUACUAUCCAAAGAAGCGCACUUCUCGUAUGUGAAUCCAAUGCCACUAGAGUUUCCCUAUGAAAUCACACCGCCCGACCCACCUGCCGUCAUCGAAGACAAGGCUGGUUACAUCGAGCAAUGGCUCAGUGAGCGCGAAGCUCGUCAUCCAUCUCCAGUUAGCAGUCAGAUCCAGCCUUCAUUAAACAAGUAUACCUCCAAGCUCAGAGAUAGGAAGAGGGAGCUUAUCGGGUUGUCUGAGACAUGCCUCAGAGACUGCUUGCCACAUCUAGACGUUGGCGAUGCCUUUGAAGUGCUGGGGAAACCAGCCCUGGCCCCUCUUAUAGAAGAGGAGGUUGCUUCGACCUCUUCGCCAGAGGCUGAGGCUAUCCGACAGGAAUUGGUGGAUGUCUUGAGCGGCCAUGCCGUUCUGAUGGCACCCGAGUCCAGCUCGGCGGGUCCUAGCUUUGCACCCUGGUCCGCCAGAUACAGUGGCCACCAGUUUGGCGUCUGGGCUGGUCAACUUGGUGAUGGUCGCGCCAUUUCAAUUCAUGUAACACCGCACCCCGAAGACGCUGAAACCACAUACGAACUACAGCUGAAGGGUGCUGGGCGGACCCCCUUCUCCCGCACUGCGGAUGGUUUAGCUGUGCUUCGCUCAUCCAUCCGAGAAUACCUUUGCUCAGAAGCCAUGCAUGCACUCUCGAUCCCGACUACCAGAUCAUUAAGUCUAAUCUCCCUCCCUGACUUACCAGUCAUACGAGAGCGCACAGAAACCGCCUGUAUCUUCACACGCGUUGCGGAAACAUUCAUACGUAUCGGCAAUUUCGAAGCCCUCAGCCCUCCAUCCAAUUCUUUCUUCCUCGGCGGCGGUCAGCAAGACGCAGACUACGAGGCUUUGCGACAGUUGGGUGAGUGGGUUGCGAGGAGAGUGCUAAAGCUGGAAGGCAUCAACUGGGAGGCUGGUGAUGCUUGGGGUAAAGAGCUCCUGUUUGAUGUUACAAGACGAAAUGCACGUAUGGUGGCUGCUUGGCAGGCCUAUGGAUUUAUGCAUGGUGUUAUGAACACGGACAAUAUAUCAAUCCUUGGGCUGACGAUAGAUUACGGGCCAUAUGCAUUCAUGGACGUCUUCGAUUCUUAUCAUAUCUGCAAUCAUAGUGACGGAGAAGGUCGCUAUGCAUACAAGUAUCAACCAAACAUGAUCGUCUACGCUUGUCGUGCUCUCCUCGACGCACUCUCCCCACUCAUCGGCGCAGAAGCCGCACAAGGCAACAAAGCAGUCCAACCCGGCUGGGCAUCUUCAGCCACACCUGAAACACUCGUCUCAUGGCGCACAGCCGGCAAAGACCUUUCUAAAGUAGAAAUGGAACAGAUCAUCGAAGAAACCUGUGCCAUAGAAUACGGAAACUUGAUGCGCAAGCGCCUGGGGCUCCGUCGUCAGGAGAAAAUGGACCAGCGGGAGAUCGUGCAACCACUUUUGGACAUGAUGGAGGCGCAGCAGUUAGACUUCCAUGGAACGUUUAGACGGCUUGCGUUUUUCCACACUGGGAUGAUGAAGGAAGAUAAUAGUGAUAGAUUGGAGGCAUUCAUCAAGGGGAUCUUGAGCGGGACGCCUGAUCGGGAUCGUAUGGAUCAUGGGAAGGUUACUGAAGAAUGGAUGGCUUGGUUGGACAAGUACAAUGCGCGCAUUGAAAGCGAGCGCCAUGGAGAAGAGUGGGCUGGUGAGGCUGACUUUGACAGUGCCAGACAAGACGCCGCAAAAAGUGCGAACCCGCGUUUUGUACUCAGACAGUGGGUGCUUGAGGAGCUCAUCAAGAAAGUCGAGGGUGACCAUGAAAGUGGGAAACGUAUCAUGGCUAAAGUGAUGCAGAUGGCAUGCAAGCCUUUCGAACCGUGGGGAGCAGAAGGUGACGACACACCAAGCGAUGAUCUCCCAGCAGAGAUAAGAGAGGAGAGACGUCUGUGUGGGCUAGGAGACAAGAGAUUUUUAGGCUUCCAAUGCAGUUGCUCAAGUUGAAGUUGAUCAGAGGAUAUCUAUUAUCAACCAACAACCACACGGGUUACCGAUAUGAGCCCAAUAACUAUACGGCGAUGUUCUAGCGUGAAAACAAGAACCGACUGAAGAGGAGUCCUUGUUUAUAUCAGUCACGGUAGUCCUAUUUGUUUUUGCUUCAGAGUGAAGUCCUCUGUACAUCUUCCGCCUUCUUCUGUAUGCAUUGGGGGGAAUAUACUUGAGUUUAUGUGAUCCGAA